AACCCUGCGCCGUUCAUCUCUUUCAGACAUCGUAGCAGCAUCGUAGCCACCUCCUCUGUUCUUCUCUGCUCUGCUUCUGCAAUCCCCAUGGCGGACGCGAAGCAACAAGUCCACCUCAACGGCGCCUACUACGGCCCUCCGGUGCCCCCCAGGAACCGCUCCUUCCGCAGCGUCGGCCGUUCCUCCGGCUGUUGCUGUGGGCCCUGCUGCCUCGUCUGCAACCUCUUCAAGUUCCUCCUCUCCCUCGUCAUCGCCCUCGGCGUCGUCAUCCUCGUCCUCUGGCUCGUGUUCCGCCCCAACCAGCCCAAGGCCCGCGUCGAAACUGCCUCCCUGACCCAAUUCGACCUCGCCAACUCCACCACCCUCAGCUACAACCUCUCCUUCGACCUCACCGUCCGCAACCCCAACCGGCGGAUGUCCUUCUACUACGACCGCCUGGAGGCGCGCGCGGAAUACGACGGCGACCGGUUCGGCUUCACCAACCUGCCCACCUUCUACCAGGGCCACAAGAACACCACCGUGAUCAGGACGAUUCAUUUCGGCGGCACGCAGCCGAUGUUCGGGGACUCCGUCGACGAGACCUACCGGAGGGAAAGGAGCGAGGGAUUCUACUACAUCGACGUCAAGGUGCGCGCCAAGAUGAGGGUCAAAGUUUGGAUCUUUAAGCUCCGAUACAACCGGCCGCACAUCGACUGCACGCUGAAGCUGCCGGUGCCGGGCUCCGGCGGCGUCUUCGAGAGCACCGGCUGUGAUGUGCACAUCUUCUGAUAGAUUCCGGCCUCGUACACUCCUCCAUCCACGCGCGUAUAGAUUAUACAAUAUACAGGAUCUAUAUUUGUUCAUGUUGUGAUCGAUUGCUCUGUAUUGUGCCAUUUUUUCCACAUAUGAUCUAUUGUUUGAUAUAUGUUUGUAGUUAUUAUGCUUAGAUUAUAUGUCAUAGAUACUGAUUACUCGUCGCUA